AUUACAUAUUCUUAUAAUUAUAAAAAAAAAGAAAAGGAAGAAAAUAUAUUUUUAUACAUUUUGCAAGAGCUUUGCAACGUUUGCAACAUACGGCAACUCAAUCGACGAAUGAAUUGCAAAAAUGUCUUUAAAUCCAUCAAAUAAUGAUGAAAUAGUCCUUUUAGAACGUGUUCUACUGAGGCUGGCAUGUGCCGAUACGGAUGAGCAACUGCAAGCUGCAGUUAGCAAAUUCCUUGCUCCAGUGCUCUUAAAAAUCGUCUCCCCAGAAGAAAGCGUGCGACUCAAGGUGAUGGAAGUUCUUACUCACAUCAACAAACGUCUAAAAACUCGCCCUAUGAUCCAAAUUCCGGUGCAAGAUAUUCUCAAUCAAUACAUAAAUACCGAAUCUUCAUUUGCAAUGAAUUUCGCAAUCAUCUACAUCACCAUGGGAUUCCCGCGUUUGUCCACGGAGUUAAAGACACAAUUGACACCGGAACUAUUAGUGGCGCUAGCAGGAAAGCCUGAUGUGCAUCAGGAUAAGAUUUUGUCUCUCAUUGUACCGUUAUUGGGAGAUAUAAAAUUAUCGGAGGAUUCGGAAGCAAAGAAACGUAUUUUGAGGCUCCUUGAGCAGAAUUCCGUCAAGAUGCAGCUUAUUUCCUACCUGCAAGACGUCCUGUUGUUCCCUUACGGCGUGACUCAAGAGAGUGAAAUGCCUGCCGGAAUGAGUGCUUAUACUUUCCGGAGAAUUUCGGGAAAUCAGUGGCGCACCGAGGAACUUGAGCGCUAUAAGACUGGUCUUGUGAAAUUUUUAUCGAGUGAUUUACUAAAGCCCGAGGAUGUAGUUGUGCCACUCAUAGUGGCGUCAGCCGAUACACGCUUCAGCGUUGCAACACCAGCAAUUGCGGAACUAAGUAAGAUAUGCAUUUCCAUCGAUUGGACAGAUGGGAGUCUAUCAGCACCACUGUACUCCUUGUUCUCAGGCAAUGGAGUGAAAAUUACAGAUAAGAAAUCAUCGCCAUGUAAUGUGCGUGUGCGACAAAAGCUAUUGCAGUACUUACUGAAAUGUCGUGGCAGGGGGAUUGAUACAAUUAAAGGAAUUCAAGUUAUCUUCGAAGCACUCUUUGGUGAACAAACCAAUCAGCGCUGUAAAGUUCUUGCACUUCAAUUCAGUGAAAAUCUCAUCAAGGAUGGCAAUCCCGAACUCAUAAGGAAGGUGUCUAAGGUGAUUGCAACUGGCAUUGGAAAGGUGGUUAAUGCAUCGCCCCCGGAACCAAUUGACGUUCAAAAUGCUGCUUAUUCUGCAAUGUCAAUACUUGUUUGUGUGUGUCCUGAAAUAGUGAGGAAAGAUCUGCAGCUCGUUGUAACGUACUUUACAACAUUGGAUAAGGCACAGUCGGAGAUUCAGGCUAGCCUACGUGAAGCCCUCAUAUCCAUGGCACCUGCUUUCUCAUGGUCCCACGAAACCACUACCGAUACUAGUGAUCAAGGUAAUCACAAUCUCCUCCUGGCACUAAUUGCACAGCAUUCAGAAUCCCAAAGUACCAUUGUUCAGAGUGUCUGCGUUGUCUUUCUCACCACCUGCUUCCCGCCUCAGCAGGUCACAGCGCGGUAUCUCCUUCUUCUGAUUGCAGGAAGCAAACCAUCACUUAGGGAGAGUAUCUUCACGCAUCUGUAUGGUUCCCCUAAGAAAGACAAUAUUGAUUAUGGUCGUCUAAAAUGCUUCAAUGUUAAGGAUAUUCCCGAAAACUCAGUGAUCAUGCCACAAUUCAACGAAAUGGCCAUUUACUGCAGCGAAAUGGCUACAAAAAGACAGGAGAAUGUAAAACAGAGAUUUGUAACUGGCAAAAAUGUUCUUCCAUUUGAUUUAGACACAUUUAUCGAAGUUCUCGACUACCUAAGAAUCUGCUUAUGGACAUCAUCAGGCUACACUUCCGUACCGGGUCUCAAUUUCAACGCUCAACCUAUGAGAUCAUUCAUCUUGGCAAAUUUUGAAGAUUCAAGCGGUAUCCGGAAGUACAUCUCUCUUAUACGGCAACUUGUAUCCGUUCAAAGAGGCUAUACAACACUUUGUUGUCUGUUUGAUCUCCUUCAUGCGGCUCCAGACAUUCUAUGUAAAGAGAGCGAAAAAUUAAUGCCACUUCUUGCAACAAGCCUCAAAGACGUUACAGAAGACACAAGGACAAUUGUAGGGCAGCUCUAUGGGAUUUUAAUUGCAUACAAUAUCCAAGACCAAACGGAGUUCUCUGAAGAAGUCCAAAAUCUUCUGAAUACUUCAAAUAAGAGCCUCGAAGGGCAACACGGCAGUCUUCUAGCUGCAUCCUAUGGUAUAUACAAUCGCAUCAACUAUGAAAAGGAACUGAAUUCUAAGAAAAAGGAAGACAUUCUGGAGUGGAAGAUACUAAAGACUUCUGUUGAAGUUUUAACAAAAGCCCUAUCCGAUAGCCAUCCCAUGAUAAUUUCUGCUUCUGUACGGGGACUUUCCUUCAUUGGAUGUGUAACAGAAUUGCCAAUUGUAGAUAUGGGUUCAGAUGAUUCCAAGGAGAGUCUCUUGGGAAUUCUUAUGGGCAUUCUAAAAAGUAAUAGUGUUAAGCAGAAGCUGAGAGAGGAGGUCUGUACGUGCCUUUCGAAUCUUUCACAUGGAGAUCCAAAGUUUUUCUCUCAGAAAAUUCUACAGGAAUUCUUGAAGCUAAACAAAUUAACAAAAGAUCCAGCUUUGCAUAUUGCAAUUGGACAGGCGAUAGGGAGUAUACUAGGGCGCCAAAGUGUGGAUGUUUUUCAGCAGGAUGGCGAUAUGAAAAUGGAUACGGACACUUGUGAGGAUGAGGAAUUGCUCAAGUGGUUGCUUAAAGAACUAUAUAGUCUUGUGAAAGAACUUCAUCCAUCUUCCCGACAAGCUCUGGCAAUUUGGCUCUUGGCCACCGUUAAAGCGGGCUCCAGAGGUAAUACUGUGCAGGAAAAUCGUGAAAUUCUUCAAAUGAUUUUCACAGAAUUGCUGUCGGAGAAUAAUGAGUUGGUGCAAGAUGUUGCUUCUCGUGGAUUGGGGGUAAUUUUUUCCCUAUCUAAUAAAAUGGAUCAAAAGGAUCUGGCCAAUGAGUUGCUCCUUCAGCUAACUGGGGGUCAGAGGAAAAUGAUGCAGGUUACAGGUGAAUCGAAAAUCUUUGAAGAAGGUGUUCUGGGGAAGACACCAACAGGAGAGAAUAUUACAACAUAUCGAGAACUCUGUUCUUUAGCGUCUGAUCUCAACAAACCCGAUCUCAUCUAUCAAUUUAUGCAAUUGGCAAACCACAAUGCUACGUGGAAUAGCAAACUUGGUGCAGCAUUUGGACUUAAAUCCAUUGCCGGGUUAGCUAAAGAAGAUAUGGAACCAUUUUUGGGGAAGAUUGUACCACGUCUCUUCCGCUACAAGUAUGAUCCAACGCCGAAGAUUCAGAACUCAAUGGUCAGUAUUUGGAAUUCUCUCGUGUCAAAUCCGAAGGAGAUCGUUGAGCAAUUCUACUGGGAAAUUCUUCAGGAGGUCACAACGCAUCUCACAAAUAACGAAUGGCGCACUCGAAUGUCAUGCUGCCUUGCCGUACGGGAUCUAAUAAAACUUCCAGGUUAUUUAAAACUCCGCAAUGGAGAUACCGACACGGAGACGGAACUUGUUGAGCUAUGGAAUCAACUAUUCCGUGUAAUGGAUGAUAUACAUGAGGGAACGCGUCUUGCUGCCGAAGGAACAGCAACGGUACUAAGCAAAUCAUGCAUUGUUGCCUGCUCUCCGGGUCAUGGGAAAAGUGGUAUACGUGUGGUUAAAAGCAUCCUGCCGCUCUUCCUGGAGAAGGGCAUCACAAAUGUUGUCCCAGAAGUACGAAAAAUCUCCAUUCGUACCCUGAGCGAUAUAAUUGAUUCUGCUGGAGAUUCCAUUGCACCCCAUUUGGUUCUCCUCAUUCCGUGCCUGCUUCAAGCUACGGGGGAAGUGGAAAUUGAAAAGUUAAGUUACAUGUCAACUCGGUUUGGGGAUCAGUCAGAAGUGCAAGAAGUUGUGGAUACAAUGAGAGCCGAAGUGGCAAAACAGCAUCAUACAAUGGUGGCUAUUGGCAAAUGCAUACGCUUCAUUACAACGGAUAUACUGGAAAAAGUUACUCCUGGGAUUGUGGAUCUCAUCAAAACAAGCGUUAAUUUGGGCACAAAAGUUGCCUGUGCACAUUUCAUAUGCCAAAUCUCAGUGCGGCUUGGGAAGGAUAUGACGCCAAUUUCUUCGAAAUACCUGAGUGCCUGCUAUUAUGGUGUUUCGGAUCGUAAUCCUACUGUAAGGAAGUACUUUGCAAGUGCAAUUGGACACCUAUCAGGCAUACUGCGUGAAUCGAGUCUUGUGAAAUUAUUCACAAAACUCACUGAUUUCUACAAUGAUCGUCAAUCGUACAAAUGCCAAGCUGUACCGGCUAUACUGCAGUCAAUCAAUAAACGCUACCCGGAUACGUUGAAAGACUACGGUGGACAGGCACUACCGCUUAUUUUUUUCGCGAUGCACGACGAAACAGAUCAGGCAGCCAGUGAGGUGUGGAAAGAUCUAUGGAAUGAUGUGAGUCCAGGAGAGUCGGGGAUUCGGAUGCAUUUAGAUAAUAUUAUGCCGAAUUUACUGAAAUUCCUCGAGGAUUCAUCAUGGACACUAAAGUCUCAGAGUGGAAAUGCCAUUAAGACGCUAGCGAAGCAAUUGGGUAAAUCACUUGGUGGUGCUGAGCGAGAAAUUCUAAUAAAGGCCUUGGUGACGGCUCUUGCGGGGCGUACGUUUCAAGGUAAGGAGAAACUCUUAAAUGCUUUGGAGCAUCUCUGUGAGCACCUUGAGAGUACCACUGGGGAACUGGAGACACUUGUUGUAGAUGCAGUAAUGAGGGAAUGUCGAAAGGAAGAACCAGUUUAUCGGACACAUAGUCUGAAGGCAUUGGGAAAUAUUCUUGAUGCCUUGAAGAUUGAUCGCUUCGAGGAGGUUUACAAUAUGGUGUGGAAUAUCCUGGAACAUACUUCUAUCAUUGGGGAUGAGGAUACUGUGGGUGGUGUAGUGUCUGCUGAGGAGCGUAAUAAGGCUCUUCAGGUAAAUAUUGCCCUUAAGGAGAGUGUUUGUGAGAUUUUGGGAAAAGCAUGGCCGGUGAAUUCAGCAGAGACACAACAAAAGUAUCAGGUGAUGUUUGCUCAGAAGUGCGUUGAAUGUUUGAAUAGGAACACCAGACCCGUACAAGUUAGUCUUCUGGCAGCUCUGGGACGAUUUGUGGAGCGUUUGAAAAUUCUUGAAUCACCCACUGUGAGCGUUGAGUCUCCCAUGGAAUGCGAUAAGGCAGUGAAAAAGGCAAAAGUAGAGUCAAAUGCGGAAACAACUGAGACAAUAUGUAAAAUUGUUCUUCGAUGUAUUGGUCAGGUGGCGGAAAUUCCGCAUACUGGACUUAAAAAGGAAUCUCUCAAUAUUCUUCUAAUAAUGAUAAAUCGUCUCAAAAAGAUCAACGAUACCAUCGUCUUGCUCAUGAUCAAGGAACAUUUCGCUGGAACAAUUGAUUUCUUCCGACGAGAUAAUUCUCCGGAAAUUAAAUGUCGUGUCAAGGAUAUUGAGGAAAAAUUGCGGGAUGUUUAAAUCUACACUUCUCAAGUCAUAUUUACAAAAAUAUCUGACUGAGGAAAAAGAAAGGAAUGGGGAAAAGCUAACCAGCGACGAAAUAUUUCAGUAGAUACUUUGAGAAUUCUUUUUUUUUCAACCAAGUGGAGCUGUAUAGCUUUUUAUGUGGGUGAAUAAUACAUAAUUCAUAUAUCUAAUAAAUUAUAUAAAACUUAAUCUGAAA